AGGUGCGCGCUGUCGCUGUUGUCAACUGAUGUGUGGAUUUUUUUUUAAGCUACAGCCUUGCGAUUUCUGAUGUUUGAUACAAUACAAGGAUUAUUUAAGUGGGCUGUAAGUAGUGUAUGCUUAUAUAUUCAUACGAAUGAACGACUUAUGAAUAUAUAAUGAAAAAAAAAUCAUAGAGUGAACAACACUACUUGGUAUAAAUAUGAAAAACAAACGAACGAAAUUUUAACUAGUGAAGUGCAACACGGGAUAUUACGUGUAUAAUACACUGAUUAUGAAACUGACAUUACCGUGUACAGCAUAAUAAACUGAUUAUAUUUGGAAAUAUCAACACCAUAUUUUACAGUGAACGUGCAGACGAAUAUUAACUUAUCCACAAGUCAGAGGCAUUGUUUUUCUGAACUGAAAUGAUCAAACCAAGAUGAGAAGGCUAGCAACUUGCAACUUGGCAACAAGACCUCCGAUUGCAAAGGAUUUGUUGGAUAUUGGAAAGGACAUUUCAAGAUGUAUUUUUUGGCGUUUAAUCGAAGAGACGACGCGGCGAGGAUGAAGAUUACUGUAGAACCGAUAGUGUUCAUGUACAAUAUUGCAUACACUGUGCAGUUAAGUUUGCAACAAGAUUUCAUAUUUGCACGUUUGUGCAAUGAACACUACUCUGCGCAGAUGUGCGACAACUGGUGGCUGGAGAAAAAAGUGGAGUGGGUGGAACGUGAGGCGGUUCGGAGGGUCAUGUGGAUGAGCAUAACCACAGGACUCGUUGCUGUGUUUACGUCCCAGCUCCUCGGCGCUGCUCUCGAUAGAUACUCCCAGAAACUGGUGAUGUUGGCACCAUUCUUCGGCUCCCUGGCCCUGAGUGUGGUGUGCCUCGUCGUAGCAGCUGUGCCUAACGCCUCUUUGGAUCUCCUGUACAUUGGGGCAGCGAUCAACGGCGCCGCGGGGGGGUUUGUCGUGUUCAAGGCCUCGGUAUCGACAUACAUCGUCGGCAUAUCCGCAGCUGAGGAAUGGACCGAUAGAUUGUCUAUCGUGGAGUCUAUGCUGUUCCUCGGCAGCGCUGUGGGUCCCUUGGGUCUCCAGUUCCUCAUUCUCUACUGCACGACGUACCACUCUCUGCUCUUUCUGGGAUGCGAGAUCGUCGUCGCUAUGGCCAUCGUCUACAUCAUCGUGCUGCUGCCAGAUCACAAAUCCAACUCGCCCAAGCCUUAUUCGCAUAACAGAGAGCCAGUGUGUUGCAGGGUUGAAGGUGUUCUCCAGAGGCCUGAGCGAUGCCUUCAGUGCCACCUUCAGGAGACGCGCCGCUGGAGUGAGGUUGGCCAUUGUGGCUUUGCUGUUGGCGGAUUUUUUCAUUGCAAUUGUCUUCGCUGCUGAAUUCGACCUCCUCUAUCUCUACAUGCAAGACAGCUUUGGCUUCACGCUGCCCGAGUAUUCACGCUACCUCGGCAUCAAGAAUGUCGUCAACGGAAUCUCUCUCCUCAUCUUUCUACCUUCCAUGAGGCGGUUCUUCGGCCUGAGUGAUGUCUCGUUGGGCAUACUUGGCGGCUUGUCCAGGGUGGCCGCUUUCCUUCUGCUGGGCUCGACGUCCUCGGGGAGACUCGUGUAUUUGGUGCCAUUCCUCGAUAUCUUCGGACAAUAUUUGUUUGUUGUUUUACGUUCUGUCAUUUCUUCUCUUGUUGAUAAAGAGGAACAAGGUCGUGUCAUGACGAUAGUAUCAGCAAUGGCUCAGCUGUCUUUGCUAAUGGGGUCGCUGAUCUUUGACAUGCUUUAUCCUAUCUUUGUUUCUCUCAAUUAUCCUGGAGUGACCUUCCUCUUAGCUGCGGGCUGUUUAGGAACUUCCACAAUUAUUCUUGGAUAUGUGAACUGGCAUCUCAAUAGAGUAAAGAAUUGUGAAGAACUUCGCCCUCUAAUUCAACCCGUGGAGUAAAAUAUAUUGUAAAUUAAAAUCUGUAUGUAAAAAUUGAGAGAGAACGAAAUAUUUGUUUUUUCAAU